AUGGACAUGGGCACCCAGGGCUCGGGGCGCAAGCGGCUCCCCAACCGGGAGCGGCUGUCGGCGGAGGACGACGCGCUGAACCAGAUCGCGCGCGAGGCUGAGGCCAGGCUUGCUGCGAAGCGUGCUGCCCGCGCAGAGGCCCGGGAGAUCCGCAUGAAGGAGCUGGAGCGGCAGCAGAAGGAGAUCUAUCAGGUUCAAAAGAAAUAUUAUGGGCUGGAUACAAAAUGGGGCGACAUCGAGCAGUGGAUGGAAGACAGUGAACGCUACUCCCGCCGAGCCCGGAGAAACACCUCGGCCUCCGACGAAGAUGAGCGCAUGUCAGUGGGCAGCCGUGGCAGCCUGAGGUCCCAGGCUGACGUGGAGCUGGGGGCUGCCUUCGCCUGGACAAAUGGUUACGAUGGUGAGUUCUGUGGAUCGCAGCCCCUGAGCCGAAGAUCUGGCAGGGUCAAGUGCCAGCUGUCGGCCGCUAGACCCUCCAGCAGCCAGCGGGCUUUGGUGCCAGAUGAGAGCAGCCUUGGGGGCGCUCGGCGUGUCAGUGCCUCCGGCUCCCAUGCUCCCUCGGAGUACAGCGGCUACCUCAACUCCAGCUCCCGUGCCUCCUCCAGGGCCAGCUCGGCCCGCGCCAGCCCCGUGGUUGAAGAGAGACCAGAUAAAGACUUCACUGAGAAGGCAUCUCGAAACAUGCCCAGCUUGUCCGCAGCCACCCUGGCCUCUCUGGGAGGGACGUCCUCCCGGAGAGGGAGCGGGGACACGUCCAUCUCCAUCGACACCGAGGCCUCCAUUAGGGAAAUCAAGGAGCUCAAUGAGCUAAAGGACCAGAUUCAGGAUGUAGAAGGCAAAUACAUGCAGGGCCUGAAAGAGAUGAAGGACUCACUGGCCGAGGUUGAGGAGAAAUACAAGAAGGCGAUGGUUUCCAAUGCUCAGCUGGACAACGAGAAGAUGAAGUUCAUGUACCAGGUGGACACCCUCAAGGACAUGCUGAUGGAGAUGGAGGAGGAGCUGGCCGAGUCCAGGAGGCAGUACGAAGAGAAGAGUAAGGAGUUUGAGAGGGAGAAGCAUGCCCACAGUGUCCUGCGGUUCCAGUUUGCCGAGGUGCAGGAAGCCCUGAAGCAGAGACAAGAAAUGCUCGAGGAAAUCCGACAGCUACAGCAGAAACAGGCGAGUUCUAGCAGGGAGAUUUCUGAUCUUCAGGAAACUAUAGAGUGGAAAGACAAGAAGAUAGGGGCGUUAGAGAGGCAAAAAGAGUUCUUUGAUUCCAUAAGGAGCGAGCGUGAUGAUCUUAGAGACGAAGUAGUCCUGCUGAAAGAGGAACUGAAGAAACAUGGAAUAAUCCUCAACUCAGAAAUAGCUACCAACGGAGAGACUUCCGGACUUCUGAAUAACGUGAGCCACCAAGGGUCCACCAAGAUGUCAAAGGAAGAGCUCAAUGUCCUCAAGUCGACAGCAGACGGGGCCCUAGAUAUUAGGUUGAAAAAGCUGCUUGAUGAGCGGGAAUCCCUACUAGAACAGGUUAAGAAACUCAAAGGGCAGCUGGAACAGAAGCAGAGGAAUGGCAAGCUGGACAACCUUCGGCCUGAAGAUGAUGUCUUAGAAAAUGGAACAGAUGCACACGUCAUGGAUCUACAAAGGGAUGCCAACAGACAGAUCAGCGACCUCAAAUUUAAACUUGCAAAAUCUGAGCAAGAGAUAACUGCGUUAGAGCAAAAUGUAAUCAGGUUAGAGAGUCAAGUGUCCCGUUAUAAAUCGGCUGCUGAAAAUGCAGAAAAAGUAGAAGAUGAACUUAAGGCUGAGAAACGAAAGCUCCAAAGAGAGCUUCGCUCAGCACUGGACAAAACAGAAGAGCUUGAGGUCAGCAAUGGCCACUUAGUGAAGCGUCUGGAAAAGAUGAAGGCCAACCGGAGUGCCCUCUUGUCCCAACAGCAGUGA